AUGUACCGUCGUCGAGGUGGUACCUCCGUCAACAGCGAGAAUCUCCCGUGGGCCGAGCUGGCAUCGGCCAUCUCACUGAGCCCUGUAUCGGACAAGGUAUCUGACCCAAGCGCACGCCCCGCCAUCGCACGCCCCCUCCCUGCGGUCCCCUUCGCCCCAGCUGGGGCUCCCACUGAGGGCGAGGGCUGGGGCUUUGGAUGCUGGGGCUGGUACAAACAUUCGCGAGCGGACAGAGCCUCUUUCACCUUAAAAGAAGACAAGCAGCACCAACACCAGCCACAGCCAGAUAAUCGCACAGCGGUCCUCCCCACUGCAAGGGCAACGGCAUAUACGUACCACUCCACCAUCGGACACACGCUCGCUUCUCUGGCCGUUCUAGUCAGCGUCUACUCGCUUUGGCUGCCGCUCGAUCACAUGCAACGAGCUCAGUCUGCCGUGGAUUUUUCCAAUCUACUCAACCCAACUUCGGCAGCAGGACAGGACAGCGACGCCGACCAAGGCAGCGGAGCCAUGUCUACCGCUGCGGUUACCGUCAUCAAGCCCAAUGGGCCUCUUCCGGGGGCGCAGUCGACAGAGACUGCCAACGAGCUUCCUCGUCCUUACAAGUGCCCUCUUUGCGAAAAGGCUUUCCACCGUCUGGAGCACCAGACCAGGCACAUCCGCACCCACACGGGCGAGAAGCCUCAUGCCUGCCAGUUCCCCGGCUGCAGCAAGAAGUUCUCUCGUUCCGAUGAGCUGACCAGGCACUCGAGGAUACACAGCAACCCCAACUCCAGGCGCGGCAACAAGGGCCAGCAGCAGCACCAGCAGCACCUUCACCACCAGGGUCUUCCUCACCACAUGCACGUCGAUGGCAUGAUGCCCCCUCCGGUGCCAAAGGCCAUCCGCUCUGCUCCCACCUCGACUCUUGUCUCGCCCAACGUCUCGCCUCCCCACUCUUACUCCUCCUUUGUCAUGCCCCAGGCGCCCAUGCCUCACUACAACCGUGGCAAUGAUAUCACGAUGCUGGCAAAGGCUGCAAACCAGAUUGAGCGGGAAACUCUCUCUGGCGGCUCGUCCAACCACAGCUCAAGGCACCAUCCCUACUACGGCCAGGGCAUGCCGAGUUCUCGAGGCCACCCGCCUUCCCUUUCCUCGUACCACAUGGCGAGAUCUCACUCCAAUGACGAUGAUGAUCACUACGGCAGCAUGAGGCACGCCAAGAGGUCAAGGCCCAACUCGCCCAACUCCACGGCUCCCUCUUCUCCCACCUUUUCCCACGACUCUCUGUCUCCCACCCCGGAUCACACUCCCAUCGCAACUCCCGCGCACUCCCCUCGACUCCGCCCCUUUUCGGGCUAUGAGCUGCCGAGUCUGAGGAACCUGUCUCUGCAGCACAACACGACUCCGGCGCUGGCCCCCAUGGAGCCCCACCUGGAUGCUCCCCAGUUCCCCCCUCAGCUGCAGGCAAACAACAACCGCAGCCCCGGCAUGUCGCUUACCGACAUCAUCAGCCGCCCCGACGGGAGCCAGAGGAAGCUCCCCGUUCCUCAGGUUCCCAAGGUGGCGGUGCAGGAUCUCCUCUCGGACGGCGUAUUCCCUAACAGCGGCAGAAGUUCAACUGCAGGCAGUCUUGCAGGCGGCGACCUCAUGGAUCGGAUGUAG